AUGCCCCACGCUGCUCAAAGUACUAUCAACCCCGCCCGGGCCAAUUUCUUCCGAGACCUGAAAGGGGAUCUUGGUUCCGAAGCUUUGGAAACCCUGGACCCGGAGAAGUCCAUGUCCCAAGCCCUACCGACCUUAGCAGGCUCCUCUGCGACUAAACUCGAGAUUUAUCCAUGCACAACUCAGAAGCCUACACCUGCAGCGAUCGCCGGUAGCAUAAGUACUACGGCCCUUCAACCGGAGCUCGCUUUCCUUGCGGCAAACAAAUUACACGAGGCUGCUAAUGAAUGGAAUGCGCUAAAGCUCGGCGUGCAGUUUGAAUGGGUUUAUAAGAUCGAAGAUGCCGCGUUCGUCCUCACCUACGCAGAGCAAGUCAACCCUGGGACACUUGCCGAGGCGUUUUCCCCGAAUAAUAUCGAUUUGAAUGUGCUGAACGUCUAUCCUGCUGCAUUCAAGGAAGGAACAGUGCAUUACUUGAAGAAUAUUUUCUUGCACGAGCUGGGUCACGUCCUAGGACUCCGUCAUGAGUUUGCCCCAGAGCUCGAAACUGGUGCCAACCUAAAGUCGGUCCAAAUUGGUCCACGUAACCCGACGUCAGUGAUGGGAUAUGAAUUCCCUCCCCAACUGCAACAGUCGGAUAUCGACAGCGCUAAAGCAUUCUACCAAUUCCCGGGAACACAUUUAGGUGUUUGGCAAAAGCCUGGUACGCUGCCUAUUGUGGACUACGAUGCAAAUAACUAG